CACCUUACCCAUUCCCCUUCCCCAAUAGGCCCUCUUCCUCCUGCACCUGCUCACUUUUGUCCUGGCACAUAACGGCUGGCAUCCUGCUUCUAUGGUAUAACAAACUCCAGGAGAACAUGGUCACACCCCCUAAGCACCCUACCACUCCCACCCCAUUAGCCAGGUUAUCAUUGUUGGCUAGGAGCAGAUCUGAAACAGUCGAUUUCCUUGUUGCCUCGUCCGCCUUCUGGACCACAAAACUGUCUGCAAGGCAAAUGAGGAAACUGUUGGACCUGAUAGUCUUGGGCAGAGUUUGACUCCCAGCAAAUAUCUGGAUAAUUGAAAUCUCCCGUUACUUGGGGGUCUGUAAUAGAUGCCCCCACCCCGAUGAGACCACUGUUGCUUUUCUCCCCCUUCAUUUUCACCCAGAUGCUCUCAGCCUGGCUCCCAGGAUUUAAGUCAAGGACCUGCUCACAGGUGUCGUCAUCCCUGACGUAGAGUGCUACUCGUCUGCCUUCCCUAGUUGACCUGUUUCUCUGGAAUAGGGCUGGCCCCAGCAGCGGAUCCUGCGCCCCCCGGAGCUCGGAGCCAUGGGCUUGGCGAUGCACCUCCUGGCCUGCCUCCUGGGCACAGGCUCCUGGGUGGCCAUCAACGGCCUGUGGGUGGAGCUGCCCCUGCUGGUGCCCAGCGUGCCCGAAGGCUGGCUCCUGCCCUCCUACCUGACCGUGGUCAUCCAGCUGGCCAAUGUGGGGCCGCUGCUCGUCACCCUGACCCAUCGCUUCCUGCCCGGGCGGCUCAACGAAGUGGGCCUCAUCUACGCCCUGCUCUCGCUGGGCUGCCUGGCCGGCCUGCUGCUGGCCUUCUUCUGGGGGGAGGCCAGCGUGGUGGGGGGCUCCCCUCGCAGCCUGGCCCUCCUGGGGCUGCUCUUCGGCCUCGCUCUGGUGGACUGCACUUCGUCGGUCACCUUCUUGCCUUACAUGCACAGGCUGCGCCCCCACUACCUCACCACCUAUUUCGUGGGCGAGGGGCUGAGCGGUUUGCUGCCUGGGCUGGUGGCCCUUGGGCAGGGGGUGGGCGUGUCCCAGUGUGUCAACAGCAGCCUCGCGGGCGACGGCGACGGGCUGCGGGUGACAUACCAGGCCCCGCGCUUCUCGGUGUGCGCCUUCUUCCUCUUCCUCAGUGGGAUGAUGGCCGUCAGCCUGGUCGCCUUCAUCCUCCUCAACCACCUCCCGGCGGCCAAGCAAGAGCGUGCCAAGGAGAAGUACCAGGCGCGGAUGCGGAUCAAGAGCCCCAACGGCCUGCAGGUGGAAGAGGGCGGCACCCCGGCCCACAACGCCUUCUGUCUCGGCAGCCGUCCCGUGGCUCAGAUGGUGUACAUCUUUGGGCUGCUGGCCUGGGUCAACGCCCUCACCAACGGCACGCUGCCCGCCGUCCAAUCCUACUCCUGCCUCCCUUAUGGGGACUUGGCUUACCACCUCUCGGCUACGCUGGCUGCCUUGGCCAACCCUCUCGCCUGCUUCCUGGGGAUGUUCCUGCCAAACAGGUCGCUGGUGCUGCUGGGGGCCCUCUCCGUGGCCGGAUCCCUCCUUGCCUGCUACAUCAUGGCCGUGGCGGUGCUCAGUCCCUGCCCUCCUCUUUUGCAUCUGCCGGCAGGCGUCAUCCUCAUUGUGCUGUGCUGGGUGCUCUUCGUGGGCACUCUCUCCUACGUCAAGCUGAUGAUCGGGAUGAUCUUGCGGGACGAGGGGCACUGUGCCCUCGUGUGGUGUGGGGCCGUGGUGCAGGCGGGCUCCAUGGUCGGGGCGCUCAGCAUCUUCCCUGUGGUCAGCGUGUACGGCCUCUUCCACUCGGGGGACCCCUGCCACAGCAGCUGCCCCAGCUGAAGGCAGGCACAACCGGGGGGGGCGGGGAGAUGGGUGGGUCCAAGGGGCUGCACCUC